AAACGCAAUCAACAAUAUGCAAUUGCAAAAAUUACAGUGACACAUGUGUGGAGAAAGAGAGCGCGUUCUUAUUGUUUCAUCAAGCGCUCCGAUUCGAAGAGUACGAUGUUGGAAACGCGCUCCGCGACUUACAAAAUGAUGAAAGAAGAAGCCAAUGACGAAAGGCAGAUAACCAAUUGGCCACCACCAUUUUCAUCUGAGACCACACCAUAUAACGAGAAUGAUUUCGGCACUUUGAUCAGACGGACUUGCGAGAAUAAGAGCUUGACUCUCCGAAUUUCUAAGGUGAUCGUCGUAGGCGACGUCGCCGUCGGCAAGACAUCGUUGGUGAACCGCUUCUGCCACAGGCUCUUCGACAACAAUUACAAGGCCACUAUCGGCGUGGAUUUCGAGGUGGAGAGAUUCGACAUCCUUGGCGUGCCUUUCCAUUUGCAAAUAUGGGAUACCGCGGGUCAGGAAAGGUUCAAGUGCAUAGCGGCGUCUUAUUAUCGCGGUGCUAAUGUAAUCAUGAUCGUUUUCGACUUGGGAAACUUGAUGUCACUGACGCAUUGCCAGCAAUGGUUGAACGAGGCAAGUCGCAGCAACGUUGGUUCUCAUCAUAUUUUUCUAGUCGGCGCUAAAAAAGAUCUAUUAACUCAUCCAGUGUACGAAAUAAUCGAAAAACGGGCGAUUGAAGUGGCCAGGAGAAUGCGAGCCGAAUAUUGGGCGAUCUCGUCGAGAACGGGUAAUGGGGUGUCCGAAUUGUUUACGCGGGUCGCCGCGCUCUCCUUUCAUGCAAUGGUCUUGCGGGAAAUGCAAAGUUUGAAACUCGAGCCGAUCAACAUCGGUUCGGCGACGAUAACUUUGAAAAAACACUCGAAGACUGAGAUGAAGCGACAGAGAAUGCCAAAGUGCUCCAAAUGUCCGACGUGACGAUGGAAUUUAAUAAAUAUAUUUAAGAGUUAAAUUCGGGGAAAGUGCUAUCGAUCGAGUCUCAUUAUAUAAUUCUCCCCAGUAAACAAGCUGACACUAUUAAGGACUAGUCAAUUUAUAGUUCUUGUAUUUAAGAUCG